AUGCAAAGCUAUCGAGUCUAGUGGUACUUUUCAUGUCUUAUGUUUUUCAAAAAUGUUAAUAUAAUAAUCCCGCAAAGGCUUUAUGAAUAACGGAACAAUCAUUAAAAAAUAACGGAACAUCAUAAACAAUUUUUUUUUAGCGCGUCUACGAUUAUGGAUGUUCUACUUCUUUAAGGUAAUCCGGGUGCUUCUGACAUCCUGUGAAUUGCGUUGCAACUAAUGUGAGGGGGAGACCUCUGGACUAGUAGAAACGACGACGGGCAUUCGUAUGGGACUAUCAACAGGGAGUAUAGUCUACGCAAGAGGGCUAUGAGAGACACCAGAAUCCGCUCCCAUCCUUCGCUGGCUAAGGACAAGUCUGACUGACAACCAUCGGUUCAGCACCGCAACCGAACCACCUCUCAGAUAAACUUAAUAUCGGUACACUCAACACCAUGGAGCUGAGAGUGGGGAACAAGUACCGACUGGGGCGGAAAAUCGGGAGUGGGUCCUUUGGAGACAUUUACCUUGGUGCUAACAUUGCUACAGGCGAGGAGGUGGCUAUUAAACUGGAGUGUGUAAAGACCAAACACCCACAACUCCACAUUGAGAGCAAGUUCUACAAAAUGAUGCAAGGAGGAGUGGGGAUCCCCUCUAUAAAGUGGUGCGGGGCCGAGGGGGACUACAACGUCAUGGUGAUGGAACUCCUGGGUCCCAGUCUGGAAGACCUCUUCAACUUCUGUUCCCGCAAAUUCAGCCUCAAGACGGUGCUGUUGUUGGCCGACCAAAUGAUCAGCCGCAUUGAGUACAUCCACUCCAAAAACUUCAUCCAUCGUGACGUCAAGCCUGACAACUUCCUAAUGGGGUUGGGGAAGAAGGGCAACUUGGUGUACAUCAUUGACUUUGGUCUGGCCAAGAAGUACCGAGACGCCCGCACACAUCAGCACAUCCCCUACCGAGAGAAUAAGAACCUGACCGGCACCGCGCGCUACGCCUCCAUCAACACUCACCUGGGAAUUGAGCAGUCUCGGCGUGACGACCUGGAGUCUCUGGGAUAUGUCCUCAUGUACUUUAACCUGGGCUCUCUGCCCUGGCAAGGCCUCAAAGCUGCCACAAAGAGGCAGAAAUACGAACGUAUCAGCGAGAAGAAAAUGUCCACCCCAAUUGAGGUGCUCUGCAAAGGCUACCCCUCCGAGUUCUCCACCUACCUGAAUUUCUGCCGCUCGCUGCGGUUUGAUGACAAGCCCGACUAUUCAUACCUUCGGCAGCUCUUCAGGAACCUGUUCCACAGACAGGGGUUCUCCUAUGACUACGUCUUCGACUGGAACAUGCUCAAAUUUGGGGCCAGUCGGACGGCGGAGGAAGGGGAGAGGAGGGGAGCCUCCGAGAGGGACGAGCGUAUUGUAGGGGUCCCAAGGGGACCUGCCUCGCGGGGUCUACCGCCAGGACCAAACCCACCCGGUGCCAACAGAGUCCGGAACGGACCAGAGCAAGCCGCCUCAAACCCCGCGUCACGGGUGCAGCAGUCUGGGAACACGUCGCCGCACGCCGUCUCUCGUGCUGAGCGGGAGAGGAAGGUGAGCAUGCGCCUUCACCGAGGAGCCCCUGCAAACGUUUCCUCCUCCGACCCCGCGGCCCGCCACGACCAGUCCCGCAUUUCCACGUCACAGGUCAGCAUGCCAUUUGAGCACUUGGGGAAGUGAAACGCAUUGUUCCACAUGCACCAGAUACUGACAGGCCUUCGAGAGAUCCUUUGCUCUUGUUUCUCUUUUGUAAAAAAAAAAAAAAAACAUGUGCCAACAGGAUAUAUAGAGGUGGAUCUUGAAGGAAAGGACAAAGGAUCAUAAAAAGGUUAAAGGAUGACAGUUGGUCAUGGACCUCAGGAAUCUAUCCCUAACUGUCUUGGGAUAACCCAGACCUACUAUAAGUUCAAGGAUAAACGAAUGAAUAGCAUUCCCUCCUCUCCUCUGACCUUUAUAGUGAGGUAGCGAGGGUCUUACGCCUCAACCCAGCCUCUUACCCUCUAUGCCCUGGAUUGUUGGCAGAAGCAGAGAACAGAUUUUGGUGAUGAAAAAGCCAAAUAGCUACCCCUUGCUGAAUACAGCUGGAGCAGUUUGCCAUUUCUGAACACAUUGCAAAGAUCACACAAACACACACACACAGAUGUACCAAUGUGUUUUAACCGAUUAAUUUAUAUAGUAGUUAGGGCCUCAGUUGUUUUACCAUGCAUAUUUUGUGGAUUGAAAAUUAAUUUAGGGGGAUCCUAUUGAGUGUUGGGGAAUUUUAGUUUCUAAAUUAAGAUGUUUUUAUUUGGAAAGGAACAGCUGGUGAGAAGGAAUGAAGAGAGAUGAGCAAUGGGUGGGUAAUAGAUGAUGAUGAAGAAGACAUGAGAAGGAAGGAAAGAGCAAGUGAUUAUUAGCUGAUGAACUGUAAUGGUUUCUAGAACUAGUUUUGGGGUCUUUCCUCCUACUUUGCCAAUGUCUUACAAGCUAAUCCUCCACAUUGGCCUCAUAUUCAGGGCUACCUCAGCCCUUUUUGGAACUAAUGAUGACCACUGAUAAAUGUAGCCAAAAUAUAUUUUUUCAUCCUUUUUCCCCAUUCAGUCCCAUUUCUUUUUAGCAUAGUGGCUGUGAUUCUCACAAUUUGUUCUUAACAUAUUUUUAUUCUAUAUUAAUGUUUUGUUUUUGGAGGUCUCAUGGUAACAGAUGGGCUGUAAUUGAUAUAUUUUAUUUUUACUGUAAAUAUUUUUUUAUUUCUGUGCUAAGCCAAAAUAUGGUUGGUUGUUUUAAGGUUGUAAUGAGGAUUAUUAUUAUUUUUUUUUAAUACAUUAAAACUUCAUUAAAAAGUACUACAUUUUGAGGGACUUUAGCAAUUCUUACAUGGCGAACUGGGUCAUAGAACUAGUCUUUGUCUUAGCUGUGUGUUUGUGUGUUUAUGCACAGAAGUGUUGUUCUGCUACAAAGGACAGGUUAUCCAUUUUUCGUGGGGUCAUUGUGUCCUCAUGUUUCUGUCAUUUGUUCUUGAUUUCUUUUAUUUCUCUCAUGUCUGAUGAAACUCAAAGUAUUUUACUUUGGUGUUCCUCUUUUUGUCCAAAAUUGUUUCUCAACUGUUUUUCUACAGCUUCCACAUACAUUGGCACUAACAUUUUCUCCUUAUCGGUCCACUCUGAAGCUUGCCUGGAGAAGCAGUUGAAGUUCACGACUUAGGACCAGAUAUACGGCUUUCUCCUUUUCCCUUUAAGUAGAAAAAUACAUUUGAACGCUUUUUACAGACAUUCUCGCAAGUGACUCUUGAUCUCUUCAGAGUUUAUGGUAAUUUUGAAAGCGUUUGCAGUGACGGCACAGAUUCUGGUAAUGACCUGUGUGUGAUGUGUCCCUUGGGCAGGCCAGUGUGACCCAGUGGUAAUGUAACUUAAUGCGGAGGGCUGGUCGGGUUACAGGGAGUUAUCUUUAUGUAUUGUUUACUGAUAUCUUGUACAGUUCUUUAACACACUCUAACUUUAUUUACAACAGUAUUUGUGUAUAUUUUAUGAAAUAAUAAAAAUAAACUUUCCUCACA